CAAAACUUAGAAGACAACCCGAAAGUGUUUUUGGGUAAACCCCAGAGAAAUGAUAUGUUAUGUUCAUGAAGAAUAAUUAAUAUUGAAAGGUUUGUUAAAUUUUUACCAAAAGCAACAUGGCCACCAAAGUUGUAGCGAAUCCAGAGAUGGAUAUUUUGAAGGAUGAACGUGAGGGUAGACUUCGUGAGGUUGGAAAUCAGGCUGUGUGGUCACUGUCCUCUUGUAAACCAGGUUUUGGUGUAGAGCAGCUACUGGAUAAUACAGUGGACACAUACUGGCAGUCCGAUGGACCACAACCGCACCUGGUCAACAUCCAGUUCAGGAGGAAAACCACCAUCCACGAUGUGUGUAUCUACACAGAUUAUAAAGCUGAUGAGAGCUACACACCUAACAGGAUUUCUCUUCGUGCUGGUACACACUUUAAUGACCUCAUAGAAGUAGAUCAGAUAGAACUCAGUGAACCAGUGGGCUGGGUAUGUGUUCCAAUGAAAGAUAUCAGUGAUAAACCUAUCCGGACAUUCAUGGUACAGAUAGCUGUGCUUUCAAAUCAUCAAAAUGGACGAGACACACACCUUCGUAGAAUUAAAAUUCGAUCUCCUGUUCAGGACACAUAUGUUGUUAAAACACCAAAGUUCACCAGUCUAGAACUAAUGCAGCUGGCCUAUAUAAAGUGAGUUAUGGUGGAACAUUAUGAUGUGAUAAGCAGUAUGCUGAACUUAGAUGUAAGAAGCAGUGUUGCUGAACAUUAUGUCGCAAUUCUGCAUAGAAAUACAACUAUCUAAGACAGUUAGCCUAGUAAAUUUAAUUUACUGGCCCAACACAAUUCAACAAUCUUUAUGGGUGUUUUGGUCAAAUGAAAAAGCAUUUUGUUUAAAGAAUGAAUUGUCAAAGUAUUUCCAACAAUGAUCAACUUAUGCAUGUUCAAUGUAUAUUACAUUAAGUUUAACUAUUCAAAUGUACAUUAAGCUAUACAUUUUUUUUAACCUUUAAAAUUCAUAGUUUAGGUAUAUUUAAGAAAUAUUAACAAAAACAAUGAAAUGUAACAAAAGAUUAUCAUAAUUUUACCCAAUAGAUAUUAAAACCACUCAAGCAGUGUGCACAAUGUAUAUAAAUUAAGUCAAGCAUUUUG